AUGUUGUACAGACAGGAAACCAACCCUUCAAUACAAGAAUUCAUCACACCUUGCACAGAACUAAGCUUAAAUGCUGAACACCCUGAAACAAUUUUUACAAACUUAGUAAUUAAAUCAGACAAACUAAGGAAACUAACUAUAAUUAAUUUCGACAUCACCAAGCUAGAUGUGUCCAAAUGCACAGCAUUAAGAUCAUUAACAUGUACGAAUAACAACAUAACUGAGCUAAUUGUAAAUAAAAACUUGAAAGCACUUGAUUGUGCCAACAAUAAAAUUACAAAAUUCACUCCCCCAGAAGAUUUAAAUCAAUUGAUAUGUUCUUAUAACAAACUAACAACCCUAAUUCUAAGCCCUAAUAUAAUAAAAGCCUAUUGUGAUUACAAUGCAUUAAAAACUUUAUACCUAAAUCCUAAAAUAAGAAUAUUAAAUUGCAAUAACAACCAAUUAAGAAACCUUAACUUAAACGAACAAUUAUUAAUACUAUUUUGCAAGCGAAAUUUACUAUCAAAAAUACAGCUCAAUUCAAACUUAAUGGAAUUACACUGUGCUCACAACUUAAUAGAAUCAAUAAAAAUCAACAACUCGUUGAGAAAGCUGUCAUGCAAGGACAAUAAAAUUAUAACCCUUACAUUAAAUCACUUUUUCCCACAUAAAAAAAUCCUACUCAAAACAGACUGUGAGUUAAUAAUUAUACCCCAAGCAACACCAUUUAAGAAUUUUACACCUACCUUAAAUGAAGAAGAAACAUGUCCCAUAUGUCUUGAAUCAGAAGGACAACUAAUAAUAACUGACUGUAACCAUAAAUUUCAUCUAAAUUGCAUUACUCUUAUUAGAAAUGACAAAUGCCCUUGCUGUAGACAACCAAUACAACAACUAAGAACAAAACGUUUCGAGCUAGAAUAA